GCAUUAUAUACUGUUAACCAAGUGGAGUCAAUGCAUACCGGUCACUGUAUACUUUAGUUCUCGGUUAGGCAUGAUAAGAUAACGCAAGCGCAACCAGCUGGCUCAUCCCUGGGUCGCGGUCGCGAUCGCGUACCGGUGAAUAGGUAUGAAAUAACUCUACCAUCGCAUGACCUUCCAUAAUAUUCACCGACGCUUUUCAAGUUGACCACUGGAAUUUUUCAAUCCUCUAUAUCAUUUAUCACCCAGGGCCUCCCCCGAUUUUCUAGCAGAGCAUCAAUACGAUCGUGUAUACUUACAGAGCACCGACGCAAAUACCGUCGCGCAUUCAACCUAUAAUCCAUUAAGCGAUUCCCUCGAUUCCGAUAUAUCCCACGUCCUGUGGCAGUAUCCGAUCCUACCGUGCCUUUUCUGGCAAGCGAAAUCACCCCCAAUAGGCACUGAGCUCGCCCAUCGGGGCCUGGGCCCUGUCUCUUUGCGAGGGACCGCGCCAUGGAGCAGCAGCCUCCCCCCGGACUGUACCGGAUUAGCGAUAUAAAUAACCCUGGCCAGAACGUCGAGAAGCCUACUCGCUACUAUGGAGAACAUGCGCAUGUGAGAAACGACAGUCGGUCUAUAUGGGAGCUCCGCAAAAACCUGCAGACCUUGUUGAACUUUCCAAAGUCUGGGUUUCCCGGCGCGCAACCUGUCAGCUUCCUGCGCCGACACAUCGAGGAGUUGAGGAGGGAAGACUACUAUGUCUGUGAGAAAUCAGAUGGCGUGCGCUACCUCCUGUGGUUGACAGAAGACGACCACGGCGGCGAGUGCCAGUACCUAAUCAACCGCAAGAACGAAUACUUUCACAUCAACGAGACCCGACUGCACUUCCCACUCCCGCCGCCCGAAGAGGACAAGGCAAAGUUCCACAAGGACACGAUUGUCGAUGGCGAGCUUGUCCUUGACGAUGUGGGCGGUGGACGCAAGGAGCCUGUUUUCUUGGUGUUCGACUGUCUCGUCAUUGAUGGGAUGAGUCUAGUCGAGCGCACGCUUGACAAGAGGCUCGGCUACUUUAAGGAACGAGUCUUCAAGCCUUACAAGGAGCUUUUUCGCGAAUACCCAGACGAGCAGCAGUUCCAAGCUUUCCGGGUUGAACUGAAGGACAUGCAGGUCAGCUACGGCCUGGAGAUGAUGUUCCGUCAAGUGCUACCAAAACUUCGACACGGCAACGACGGUCUCAUCUUUACGUGCCGGAACAGCAGCUACGUUUUCGGUACGGAUGAUCACAUAGUAAAGUGGAAGCCGCCAGAGGAGAACACCAUCGACUUCAAGCUGGCGCUCACCUUUCCCCGGGUCGAGCCGGAUCCAGAGAUUGACGGGCCCGAUGCGGAACCGUACGAGGACUACGACAGCAUACCGGUGGCCCAACUGCUCGCCUGGACUGGUAAGGGAAAUCCAGAGACGCACUUUGGUGACCUCUACCUGACUCAGGAGGAGUGGGAAGCGUUGAAGAAGCUCAAUGAACCGCUGCAUGGUCGGGUCGUCGAGUGCGGACAGGACGAGCAAAAGCGGUGGCGGCUGCAUCGGUUCCGUGACGAUAAGGAGAAUGGCAACUUCAUCAAGGUUAUGGGCAACGUCAUGGAAAGCAUCCGAGACGGCGUCUCCGAGAAGGAGCUGAUCGACGCAUCCAAAGGGAUCAGGGAUAGCUGGAAACAGAGGGCGAGGUAGAAAGCUGUUGCUGGCUCUUGGAAGGACCCAGCAUGACUUUUGUUUUGGGCGGUGUUGGCAAGUUCAAGUGUGAGCUUCAAGGCUAUACUUGGUUUUGCUAGCUUGGUUUACUCAUCUGCACCCUGACGACGUGGGAGGAUUUCGGCGCACUCCUGAUGUUGAAUAUCACUCUUAGCCUCUUUUUUUUUAUAAGCGAUCUGGU